AUGGAAAUAGAUAACCAGAUGUGGGUGAGAGAAUUUAUUCUCCUUGGCUUAUCCAGUGACUGGUGCACUCAGAUAUCCCUGUUUUCCCUGUUCUUGGUCACAUACCUCAUGACAGUGCUGGGGAACUGUCUCAUUGUCCUUCUGAUCAGACUGGACAGCCGACUCCACACUCCCAUGUAUUUCUUUCUCACCAACCUCUCCCUUGUUGAUAUCUCCCAUGCCACAAGCAUAGUCCCUCAGCUGCUGGCACAUUUUCUUGCAGAACAUAAAGCCAUCCCAUUCCAGAGCUGUGCAGCCCAGUUAUUUUUCUCCCUGGCCUAGGGUGGGAUUGAGUCUCUUCUCCCGGCAGUGAUGGCCUAUGACCUCCAUGUGGCUGUGUCUGACCCCCUGCGAUACUCGGCCAUCAUGCAUGGAGGGCUGUGUGCUAGGUUGGCCAUCACAUCCUGGGUCAGUGGCUUCAUCAACUCUCUUGUACAGACUGCUAUCACCUUUCAGCUGCCCAUGUGCACUAACAAGUUUAUUGAUCACAUAUCCUGUGAACUCCUAGCUGUGGUCAGGCUGGCUUGUGUGGACACCUCCUCCAAUGAGGCUGCCAUCAUGGUGUCUAGCAUUGUUCUUCUGAUGACACCUUUCUGCCUGGUUCUUUUGUCCUACAUCCAGAUCAUCUCCACCAUCCUAAAGAUCCAGUCUAGAGAAGGAAGAAAGAAAGCCUUCCACACGUGUGCCUCUCACCUCACGGUGGUUGCCCUGUGCUAUGGCACAACGAUUUUCACUUACAUCCAGCCCCACUCUGGUCCCUCAGUCCUUCAAGAGAAGCUGAUCUCUGUCUUCUAUGCCAUUGUUAUGCCUCUGCUGAACCCUGUGAUUUAUAGUCUAAGGAAUAAAGAGGUGAAGGGGGCCUGGCAUAAACUAUUAGAGAAAUUCUCUGGGUUAACAUCCAAGCUGGCAACUUGA